AUGGAGAAAAUUAGAGAGAUUUGUGUUGACCUGCUCAACCCCGAGAAGGCUGCUGCGGCCACCGCGCGAAUGAAGGAAAUUAAGAAUGACAAAAGCUUGCUUCCCAAUCUGAUGCAGCUUACCCUAUCGGACCAUGACGCCUCGGUUCGCCAAAUGGCGGCUGUUCUCCUGCGAAAAGAUAUCGCACGAAAGUUUUCCACUCUUCAAGCCAACGAACAAAAUGCAAUUCGGGAACACAUGCUGCAAUCACUGACAACUGAAGAAGUCGCCUCUGUUUGGUCUGCAGUUGCUGAGAUUUGCUCUGGUAUCCUCAGAAAGAACAAUGAGUGGCCGGAUUUCUUCAACCUCGUUCAGCAAGCUUGUGAAUCGCAACCUGCGAAAGGAGCAGAACUUCUUGCGCGUAUGGCGACCUCCGCACCAGCUGUAGUCCGAGAAAAGACCACGCAAGCUAAAUGCCUCGAGCUCAUCGGCAGCUGUCUUAACAACAAUGAAGCAACUUCUCUCCACCAAGCUCUACGUGCGCUCGGCGCCAUUUUGACGGAGCUCGAUGAGUCUAACCAAGCCGCCGCCAAAUCUCUUUUGCAAAAAUCUGUGGGUGCUGUCCAGUGCAUCGCUGAAGCUGGUGAAGGUGAUUGGGCUGCGGAAGGUUUCGAAGUCUUCCAGUCUGCUCUCGACUGUCCAGUCAGUCUUCUUAACGCAGAUGCUCUCAAAGAUCUUUCUACAUGGGCUGCUCAAGUCUUCGGAACUGGUGAUGCAGAUCCCGCUCUUCGAUGCUGUGCGGGUAACUUCUUGACACAGGCUGUGUCCGCAAAGUCGAAGUUUAUUAAAAAGAAAAAAAUGACACAAGAUCUUAUGCAUCUUUGCUUCCCUAUUCUCAUGGAAGAUGAAGAGGACGAAGAUGACGAAGAAGAAGAUACUCCUCGAUCGAUCGCUCUUCAACUUCUUGAUACUAUUUCAAUCAAGCUUCCCAACACAGAAGUUUUGGGCGUUAUCAUGGAGUUUGCGACUCGUGCGUCUCAAGGUCAAGCUCAUCAGAAGCGUGCUGCCUUAUCAGCUCUGGCGGUCAUCUGCGAAGGGUGCGCAAGCCCUCUUAUCGAGGCUGGUCACGUCGAGUCCCUUGUAACCUUCGCUUGUGAGUCCCUUCAGAGCGAUAACCCAGCUCUUCGAGGUGCAGCCCUCUACGCUUUGGGCCAGUUCGCCGAACAGAUGGUUGGAGCAAUGACCGAAUUUGCGCCUAGAGUUCUGCAGCUCGUUACUGGACUCUUGGAAAACUCGCCGGAUGAUCUCAUGAAACACAGUCAAUUGGAAAAAGGUCUCUAUUGCAUCGAACAGCUUGCUGAAACGCUCGAUGAAGAUCAGAUCGAGAGCCUUCUUCCAUCCCUUAUGAGCUCGAUGCAUCGAUUCAUGCAAAUGGGUAAUUCUGACAAAUGUCAAGUCGCUACUCUUGCUGUAUCUGCUCUUGGAGUUAUCAUCGCCUGUGCCGAAAAUGUUAUCGGCCCUCAUCUUCAUAACUGCAUCUCUAUGCUUGAAGGCCUUUUGCCCAAAUCCGCGGCCGCUACUGCCGAAGACACUCCUGAAAACAUCAUGCUCCAAGCUUCUGCCUUGGACACUCUUGCCACCCUUGCUUCAGCCGCUGGUGAAUCUUUCGUUCCAAUGGCUGCCGACUCUCUCUCACUUGCUGGACAGCUCGUUUCUGCUGAAACUGACCCUGAUAUUCGACGUGCUGCCCUCAACCUUUCUUGCUCGGUUGUCUCCCUUCCAAACUCCCCUCCACAGCUUCUCGAAGCUGUUCCUCGAAUCCUCGAAUGUUUGAUGGAGACUCUCAAGUCCACUGAAGGCAUCGGUGUCAAGAUGAUUGGUGAUGACGAUAACGAAGUCUCUGCUGCUUUCGAGGCUGAGGACAUCGAUGAUGAUAUCGAAGACGGCGACGACGGUGAAGAGAUUGAACACUUCACCAUUGAAAACUCCUACAUGGAAGAGAAGCAUACCGCGCUCUCCAGCAUCAUUCGCAUGGCGCAGAAAAUUCCCGAACAGCUCGCGAAUGCCAGCACUGAACUCUAUAACGAGUGCAAGAGCUUAACCGACUUUGUUAACGAAGAUGUUCGUAAAUUCGCUUGUGCUGCUCUUAUUCACCUUGGCCAUGCCAUGUUCAAGGUUUCUGGUAAUGAAGCUGCUCUCGUCGAGGCUGUUACUAAAGGAAUUGACACAAUCGGAACCGAUGCUGAUCACGGGUGUGCCCUUCUCAUCAUGGCUGAAAUCUCGGAGGUUCUUGACACUUACAAGAAACCCAUCGAGACGAAACGAAUCUUGGAAACUGUCCGAAUGGCCAUGAUGGGCGAACUCAUCUGCAUGAUGGAUGAUGAUGACGAAGAAGAUUCUGGUGUCAAGCUUGAUGAAGAAGCCUCAGAAAUCGAGCGUGAAAUUCUCGACGGAGCUGGAGAGCUUCUCGUCGCUGUUGCCGCUGUUGAUCCUCAAGGCGUUAUCACCGAGGGUCUUGCGGACAUUUUGCCGGCUGCUGCAGCUCUGAUGAAGAAGCCCGAUUCCGGUUCUAAAGCGUGUGCCAUCGGUAUCCUCGGUGAUAUGUUCGACACCCUCGGCUCCAACUGUGCCGAAGGCUUCGUCAAGCAGCUGCUUCCAGUUUUCAUGAGAUUUACGUCAUCCGAAGAUGAUAACAUCCGCAACAACUCUGUUUAUGGUGUUGGUGUCCUCGUCGCUACCUCUGGCGAGACUGGCAUCUCUAUGAUUCCAGAAGCUCUCAAAUCCCUUCCACUCAACGAGUCCAAAAAUAUGCAAGUUAGAGACAAUGUGACUGGCGCUAUUGCCAGAAUGCUCUAUGCUGGACACGCUGAAACUCGUGCUGCGUAUUCCUCUCAAUUCUUGGCCCGUCUUCCAUUGACAGAAGAUCACACCGAAUGGCGAAUGACCUUGGAGGUUAUCGAAAAACUUCUCACUGAAGGAAACCAGGAAGUUCUUGGACGACUUCAAGAACUUGCUGGGCACUGUUUGAACUCUGUCAACAACUUGAAUCCAGAGAUUACCUCUGACAAAAAGACCAUUUUGAAAAUCGGACAGUUUAUGUCACAACUAUCUGGAGCUGAUCCGAAUAUGUUUGCUGAGCUCAAAAAGAGCUCGCCUGAAAAAGUCUGGAAUAAGAUUGUGAAAGUCAACACUAAAAUCAACUGA